AUGGAUCUGAUGGAUGGCUUCUUUCAGAUUCUCAUGCGCGAACAGGAUAUCCCGUACACAGCAGUGAGCGCCCCCAGCGGUAUGCUGUGGGAGUGGCUAGUGAUGAAACAGGGGAUGAGUAACGUCCCUGCAACGUUCAACAGAUGUGUAAACAAUCUGUUGAGACUGAUGCAAGAUUUCGCACCGAGAAACUUUGACGAUGUGCUCGUCUAA